GAACAAACAAUAACAGAACAAACAAGUACAGAACAACCAACUACAGAACUUCCAAGUACAGAACAAACAAUAACAGAACAACAGCGUACAGAACAACCAACUACAGAACUACCAAGUGAAGACCAACUAAGUACAGAACAACCAACUACAGAACAAACAAGUACAGAACAACCAACUAAAGAACAGCCAAGUACAGAACAACCAGCUACAGAACUACCAAGUACAGACCAACCAAGUACAGAACAACCAAGUACAGACGAACCAAGUACAAUCCAACCAAGUACAGAACAACCAACUACAGAACACACAAUAACAGACCAACCAAGUACAGAACAACCAAGUACAGAACUACCAAAUACAGACCAACCAAGUACAGAACAUCCAACUACAGAACUACCAAGUAUAGACCAACCACAUACAGAGCAACCAAGUACAGACCAACCAAGUACAGAACAACCAACUACACAACAAACAAUAACAGAACAACCAAGUACAGAACAACCAAGUACAGCGUUACCAAGUACAAACCAACCAAGUACAGAACAACCAACUACAGAACAAACAAUAACAGAACAAACAACUACAGAAAAACUAACUGCAGAACAACCAACUACAGAAAAAACAAACCAACUAAGUACAGAACAACCAAGUACAGAACUACCAAGUACAGACCAACCAAGUACAGGACAACCAACUACAGAACAAACAAUAACAAAACAAACAAUAACAGAACAACCAAGUACAGAACAACCAAGUUCAGAACAACCAACUACAGAACAAACAAUAACAGAACAAACAAGUACAGAACAACCAACUACAGAACUUCCAAGUACAGAACAAACAAUAACAGAACAACAGCGUACAGAACAACCAACUACAGAACAAACAAGUACAGAACAACCAAGUACAGAACAGCCAAGUACAGAACAACCAGCUACUGAACUACCAAGUACAGACCAACCAAGUACAGAACAACCAAGUACAGAACUACCAAGUACAGAUGAACCAAGUACAAUCCAACCAAGUACAGAACAACCAACUACAGAACACACAAUAACAGACCAACCAAGUACAGAACAACCAAGUACAGAACUACCAAAUACAGACCAACCAAGUACGGAACAACCAACUACAGAACUACCAAGUAUAGACCAACCACAUACAGAGCAACCAAGUACAGACCAACCAAGUACAGAACAACCAACUACACAACAAACAAUAACAGAACAACCAAGUACAGAACAACCAAGUACAGCGUUACCAAGUACAAACCAACCAAGUACAGAACAACCAACUACAGGACAAACAAUAGCAGAACAAACAAGUACAGAACAACCAACUACAGAACUUCCAAGUACAGACCAAUCCAGUACAGAACAACCACCUACACAACAAACAAUAACAGAACAAACAAUAACAGAACAACCAAGUACAGAACAACCAAGUUCAGAACAACCAACUACAGAACAAACAAUAACAGAACAAACAAGUACAGAACAACCAUCUACAGAACUUCCAAGUACAGAACAAACAAUAACAGAACAACAGCGUACAGAACAACCAACUACAGAACUACCAAGUGAAGACCAAUUAAGUACGGAACAACCAACUACAGAACAAACAAGUACAGAACAACCAACUACAGAACAGCCAAGUACAGAACAACCAGCUACAGAACUACCAAGUACAGACCAACCAAGUACAGAACAACCAAGUACAGAACUACCAAGUACAGACGAACCAAGUACAAUCCAACCAAGUACAGAACAACCAUCUACAGAACACACAAUAACAGACCAACCAAGUACAGAACAACCAAGUACAGAACUACCAAAUACAGACCAACCAAGUACGGAACAACCAACUACAGAACUACCAAGUAUAGACCAACCACAUACAGAGCAACCAAGUACAGACCAACCAAGUACAGAACAACCAACUACACAACAAACAAUAACAGAACAACCAAGUACAGAACAACCAAGUACAGCGUUACCAAGUACAAACCAACCAAGUACAGAACAACCAACUACAGGACAAACAAUAGCAGAACAAACAAGUACAGAACAACCAACUACAGAACUUCCAAGUACAGACCAAUCCAGUACAGAACAACCACACCAACCAAGUACAGAACAUCCAACUACAGAACUACCAAGUAUAGACCAACCACAUACAGAGCAACCAAGUACAGACCAACCAAGUACAGAACAACCAACUACACAACAAACAAUAACAGAACAACCAAGUACAGAACAACCAAGUACAGCGUUACCAAGUACAAACCAACCAAGUACAGGACAACCAACUACAGAACAAACAAUAACAGAACAAACAACUACAGAACAACCAACUACAGAACUUCCAACUACAGAACUACCAAGUACAGACCAACCAAGUACAGGACAACCAAGUACAGAACUACCAAGUACAGACGAACCAAGUACAAUCCAACCAAGUACAGAACAACCAUCUACAGAACACACAAUAACAGACCAACCAAGUACAGAACAACCAAGUACAGAACUACCAAAUACAGACCAACCAAGUACGGAACAACCAACUACAGAACUACCAAGUAUAGACCAACCACAUACAGAGCAACCAAGUACAGACCAACCAAGUACAGAACAACCAACUACACAACAAACAAUAACAGAACAACCAAGUACAGAACAACCAAGUACAGCGUUACCAAGUACAAACCAACCAAGUACAGAACAACCAACGACAGGACAAACAAUAGCAGAACAAACAAGUACAGAACAACCAACUACAGAACUUCCAAGUCCAGACCAAUCAAGUACAGAACAACCACCUACACAACAAACAAUAACAGAACAACCAACUACAGAACUAACAAGUAAGGAACAAACAAUAACAGAACAACGAAGUACAGAACAACCAACUACAGAACAACCAAUUACAGAACAACCAAUUACAGAACAAACAAUAACAGAACAAACAAGUCCAGAACUACCAAGUACAGAACUACCAAGUACAGACCAACCAAGUAAAAACCAACCAAGUACAGAACAACCAACUACAGAACAAACAAUAACAGAACAAACAAUAACAGAACUACCAAGUACAGACCAACAAAGUACAGACCAA